AACAACCAAGCGGCAGGGUUUCAGGUGGUAUCAGAGAGGACAGACGUUGAGUUUUACUACCAGAAUACUUCAGUCGGUGGCCUGAGGACUACAUAUGGACUCGGGACGUCCUCGACUCAUUUCUGUUUCGCAACACUGCCAGAGUUCAGUGAGUUCCAGCUGCAUCUGACUUCAACUGGAGCUCCUGUAAUUACCGUGAUGUUUGAGCCAGCUGCUGUGACCCAGACACAGGAUCCUGUUCCAGGCACGAAGACAUCAGUAUCAGACCAACAAACACCAACGACCAUCAUCUUCUCUGGCCACCCACCCUUAAUUACUACCCUCCCACCUGCCUCUUCCCCUCUCUCUGAGGGUAUGGCUGACACUGCAGAUGGUGCCUCUUCAACCAUCACGCAGACCACUGGUUCUUGCACAGCCUCUGCCUCUUCUUUACCCACAUUCUCAACCACACAUGUCUCAGCUGAUGUAUCCAUCUCAUCACCUCCCAUGUCCUCAAAUCUUCACUCCCCA